AUGGCGAUGAGGCUGCUGGCCGCUCUGCUAGCGGUCGCCGUAGCUGCCGCCUCGCGGGCUGCAGAGGAGUCUGAGCCGGGAUGGGACGUGGCAGCCCCUGACUUACUUUACGCAGAGGGGACCGCCGCCUACGCGCGCGGGGACUGGCCUGGGGUCGUCCUGAACAUGGAGCGGGCGCUGCGCUCGCGGGCCGCCCUGCGUGCCCUCCGCCUGCGCUGCCGCACACGCUGCGCGGCCGAGCUGCCGUGGGCUCCUGACCUCGAUCUCGGCCCGGCCCCCAACCUAAGCCAGGACCUGGGCGCCGCCGCCCUCAACGACCUGCGCUUCUUCGGGGCCCUGUUGCGCCGCGCCGCUUGCCUGCGCCGCUGCCUCGGGCCGCCCUCUGCCCACUUGCUGAGCGAGGAGCUGGACCUGGAGUUCAACAAGAGGAGUCCCUACAACUACCUUCAAGUCGCCUACUUCAAGAUAAACAAGCUAGAAAAAGCUGUGGCAGCAGCGCACACCUUCUUUGUGGGCAAUCCUGAACACAUGGAGAUGCGGCAGAACCUCGACUAUUACCAAACCAUGUCUGGGGUAAAGGAGGCAGACUUCAAGGAUCUGGAAGCCAAGCCCCAUAUGCAUGAAUUUCGGCUAGGAGUGCGACUCUACUCAGAGGAGAAGCCACAGGAAGCUGUGCCCCACUUAGAGGCAGCCUUGCAAGAGUACUUUGUGGCUGAUGAGGAAUGCCGUGCCCUCUGCGAAGGGCCCUAUGACUAUGAUGGCUACAACUACCUAGACUACAGUGCUGACCUCUUCCAGGCCAUCACAGACCAUUACGUCCAGGUCCUCAGCUGUAAACAGAGCUGUGUCACCGAGCUGGCUUCCCACCCAAGUCGAGAAAAGCCCUUUGAAGACUUCCUCCCUUCACAUUAUAAUUAUCUACAAUUUGCCUACUAUAACAUUGGAAACUAUACACAGGCUAUUGAAUGCGCCAAGACCUACCUCCUCUUCUUCCCCAACGAUGAGGUGAUGAGCCAGAAUCUGGCCUACUAUACAGCCAUGCUUGGAGAAGAAGAAGCCAGCUCCAUCAGCCCCCGAGAGAGUGCCCAGGAUUACCGACAGCGAAGCCUGCUGGAAAAAGAACUGCUCUUCUUCGCUUACGACAUUUUUGGAAUUCCCUUUGUGGAUCCGGACUCAUGGACUCCGGAAGAGGUGAUUCCCAAGAGACUCCAAGAGAAACAGAAGUCAGAACGCGAAACCGCGGUCCGCAUCUCCCAGGAGAUUGGCAACCUUAUGAAGGAAAUCGAAACCCUCGUGGAGGAGAAAACCAAAGAGUCAUUGGAUGUGAGCAGACUGACACGGGAAGGUGGCCCCUUGCUGUAUGAAGGCAUCAGCCUCACUAUGAACUCCAAAGUCUUGAAUGGCUCCCAGCGGGUGGUGAUAGAUGGUGUGAUCUCUGAUGAAGAGUGCCAGGAGCUGCAGAGACUGACCAAUGCAGCAGCAACUUCAGGAGAUGGCUACCGAGGUCAGACCUCUCCACACACCCCAAAUGAAAAGUUCUACGGUGUCACUGUCCUCAAAGCUCUCAAGCUUGGGCAGGAAGGGAAAGUCCCUCUGCAGAGUGCCCGCAUGUACUACAAUGUGACGGAGAAGGUUCGGCGUGUCAUGGAGUCCUACUUCCGCCUGGACACACCCCUCUACUUCUCCUAUUCCCACCUGGUGUGCCGCACUGCAAUAGAAGAGUCACAGGCUGAGAGGAAGGACAGUAGCCACCCAGUCCACGUGGAUAACUGCAUCCUGAAUGCUGAGACCCUCGUGUGCAUCAAGGAGCCCCCUGCCUACACUUUCCGGGACUACAGUGCCAUCCUUUACCUCAAUGGGGACUUUGAUGGAGGAAACUUUUACUUCACUGAACUAGAUGCCAAGACUGUGACGGCAGAGGUGCAGCCCCAGUGUGGAAGAGCUGUGGGAUUCUCUUCCGGCACUGAGAACCCACAUGGGGUGAAGGCUGUCACCAGGGGGCAGCGCUGUGCCAUUGCCCUGUGGUUCACACUGGAUCCUCGACACAGUGAGCGAGACCGGGUGCAGGCGGAUGACCUGGUGAAGAUGCUGUUCAGCCCAGAAGAGGUGGACUUCCCCCAGAAGCAGCCCCAGCAUGACCAACAGGGCUCCCCAAAACCUGGAGAAGAGUCUCUGUCAGACAGACAGUCACAGCACAAAGAUGAGCUAUGACAGUGGCUAGGUCACACCUGGGUGUCAUUGGACCCAGAGAACUCUGCCCUGCAGUCAGGACUUUCCAGACUCUCAGGGCUGCAGAGUGAGGGGCACUUUUGUCCCCUAACCAGUCAAAGGAUCCUGCCCACAGCCUUCCCCAUGGUGCUACUGUUCUGAGAGUGGACGCAACAGGACACCACUCUUCUCUGGGCUUGGCUGAAGGCUCAGGACGCAGGCCCAGAACCAUCCUGCAGCCUAUAUAGGCAGCUGCCUAACAGCAGCAUAUUUAAGUGUCUGUAUAGACAACCAAAGAAUAAAUGACUCGUGUUUUUUCAUUUA